GAGGGGGGGUUAAAAAAUCAGGCAGCGCUUGGGACGCCCGCUCGAACCAACUGCCCCCCCCCACCCUUCCCCACCGCAGCUUUGGAUGACUGCACUUGUGAACUUUCGCCUUUCUUUCCUUAAGGGGCGAAAGAGGCUGCAGGGAGCUCAGGCAGCCCUAGAGCUCUUGCCCCCUUACCCUCUUUAUCCCGACUCCUCCCCAGCAUGGCUCCCUACCCCUUCCUUGCCCUCCUCGUCUCCUUCCUCCGUUUUCUCGCCGCGACGGCCUCCGAGACGCACUACCAGCCGGGAUCGAAAGUCAUGCUCUACGUCAACAAAGUGGGACCUUACCACAACCCGCAGGAGACCUAUCAUUACUACCAGCUCCCGGUCUGCUCGCCAACCCCCAUCCGCCACAAGAGCCUCACCCUGGGGGAAGUCCUUGACGGGGACCGUAUGGCCGAAUCCAUGUACGAGAUCCACUUCCGGCAGAACGUGGACAAGAAGAUCCUUUGUCAGAAGAAGCUUUCCCCGGAGGAGGUCGAGCGGCUCCGCCAGGCCAUCGAGGAGCUCUACUACUUCGAGUUCGUGGUGGACGACCUGCCGCUCCGCGGCUUCGUGGGCUACAUGGAGGAGAGCAGCUUCCUGCCCCACACCCACAAGAUCAAGCUCUGGACCCACCUCGACUUCUACCUGGAGUGGAACGGCGACCGCAUCGUCUACGCCAACGUCAGCGUCCGCAACGUGAAGCCCACCAGCUUGGACGACAUCCAGGGUGUGCUGCCCGUGGCUUACACCUACAGCGUCCAUUGGUCGGAGACCAACGCCGAGCGCCAGGGGGAACGCCGGGGAAGCCACAGCGGGGACGACGGUUUCUUCCCUCACACCUUGGAGAUCCACUGGCUCUCCAUCAUCAACUCCAUGGUGCUGGUCUUCCUCCUGGUGGGCUUUGUGGUGGUCAUCCUCAUGCGCGUCCUAAAGAACGACCUGGCCCGCUACAACCUGGAUGAGGAGGCCUCUUCGUCGUCCUCCGGGGACGAUUUUGACCAAGGAGACAAUGGGUGGAAGAUCAUCCACACGGACGUCUUCCGGUUUCCACCCUACCGCAGCCUCCUGUGUGCCGUGCUGGGCGUGGGCAGCCAGUUCCUGGCCUUGGGCACCGGUAUCAUCGUGAUGGCCCUGUUAGGCAUGUUCAACGUCCACCGGCACGGGGCCAUCAACUCGGCCGCCAUCCUCCUCUACGCCCUGACUUGUUGCAUCUCCGGUUAUGUGUCCAGCAGCUUUUACCGCCAGAUCGGUGGCGAGCGAUGGGUCUGGAAUAUAGUGCUGACCACCAGCCUUUUCUCCGCUCCUUUCUUCCUGACCUGGAGCGUGGUGAACUCGGUGCAUUGGGCCAACGGCUCCACCCAGGCCCUGCCAGUCACCACCAUCUUCCUGCUGCUGACCGUUUGGCUCCUGGUGGGCUUCCCGCUGACGGUCAUCGGCGGCAUCUUCGGCAAGAACCGGGCCACGCCCUUCGACGCCCCCUGCCGGACCAAGAACAUUGCCCGGGAAAUCCCUCCCCAGCCGUGGUACAAGUCCACCGUGGUGCAUAUGACCAUCGGGGGGUUUCUCCCCUUCAGCGCCAUUUCGGUGGAGCUCUACUACAUCUUCGCCACCGUCUGGGGCCGCGAGCUGUACACCCUUUACGGCAUCCUCUUCUUCGUCUUCGCCAUCCUGUUGAGCGUCGGGGCCUGCAUCUCCAUCGCCCUCACCUACUUCCAGCUCUCGGGCGAGGACUACCGCUGGUGGUGGCGCUCCAUCCUGAGCGCCGGCUCCACGGGCCUCUUCAUCUUCCUCUACUCCGUCUUCUACUACACCCGGCGCUCCAACAUGUCCGGCAUGGUGCAGACGGUGGAGUUUUUUGGCUACUCCCUGCUGACGGGUUUUGUCUUUUUCCUCAUGCUGGGCACCAUCUCCUUCUUCGCUUCCCUCAAGUUCAUCCGUUACAUCUACGUCAACCUGAAGAUGGACUGAGCGGCCAUUUCCGUGGCUCCGCGCGGCUCGGGUGGACGUAGCCGUACCACGCUUUCCCCCCUGGCAUCUCCACCGAGCUCCGGGGGCUGGGGGACGACACAUCGGCUGUUUACGAUUGGUUCCUUUCUCGGCUGACGUUUCGGGAGGGCGUCCCCACUUACCGUCGUGGCCCUCGCGCAGUGGCCACCCCAAAAAAACGGGACAGGAGCAGCCUUACGUUCUCCCCUGCUGGUCAGGAAAAGCCACCAAUCGGCGAUCCUCCUCCGACAAGUCUACCCAGUCGAAUACCUUUUCCCCUUUUUAAAGUUGAAAACUGCCUUCCUGCCUCAAAUGGGAUUGUUGGUUUUUUAUUUUCCCCUUUCUGGCAACGGAUAGAAACUGGAAAUCUUUUGAGAUAUUCCAUUUUUCCCAGCAGUUCAAUGGAUUAGAAGCUACUACUGGCUCACACAUAUAUCCCUAAAUACUUUUAUUAUUUCCCCCCCUGCUGACUUUCUCAUCAGUUCAAUGAAUAGAAGCGAGAUCGAGUUCAACACACCUGUUCCUAGAUAUUUAAUUAUUUUUCUCCCAUUGAUUAUCCAAUAGAAGCUACAGCCAGUUCACACACAUAUCCCUAGAUAUUAUUAUUAUUAUUCCCCUGCUGACUGUCUCAUCAGUUCAAUUAAUAGAAGUGAGAUCGAGUUCAACACACCUAUUCCUAGAUAAUUUAAUUAUUUUUCUCCUGUUGAUUAUCCAAUAGAAGCUACAGCCAGUUCACACACAUAUCCCUAGAUAUUAUUAUUAUUAUUGUUAUUAUUAUUAUUCCUCUGCUGACUGUCUCAUCAGUUUGAUGAAUAGAAGCGAGGUCGAGUCCAACACACCUCCUCCUAGAUAAUUUAAUUAUUUUUCUCCUGUUGAUUAUCCAAUAGAAGCUACCUUUCAUUCAAUAUACACGUUUCUAAAUAUUUUAUUAUUAUUUUUCCCCGUUGACUGUCAUCUGUCCAACAGAUAGAAGUUACAACUGGUUCACACACUUAUUUCUACAUUUUUUUUCACACACACCCACACCCGUUAUCUAAUCAGUUCAAUUGAUAAAAACUGCACCCAUUCCUAAAUAUUUUAUAAUCACCCCCCCCCCCCCCCAACGCUGAGUAUCUGAUGAUUUGGUCCGAUACACAUAUCUAAAUAUUUUAUUAUUAUUCUCCCUGCUGACUCUUAAUCUUAUCGGUUCAACGGAGAGAAACUGCCACAGGUUCGACAGGCAUUUCUGGAGAGUUUAUCCUUAUUUUUCCCCUGUUGAUUAUAUAAUCAGUUCAACAGGUUAAAAAAAAACCUACAUUCAGUUCAACACAUCUCCCUUUCUUCUAAUGCAUUCCCUCUCUCCCUUCUAGGUUAUUCAGAAAACGUGACAAUAUUUUAAUCUCGUUUCCUCCCUAUUUUUCAGAUUUGUUCGGUUUUGCAGAUUUCCAGCCAAGUAUAAAUGGACCGGACAUUUUUUAAACCUGACCUAACCCGAAAGAGAGAGAAAAGGAUCAACAGGCUGAUCUCACAU